GCGCAGCCCGUCCGAGAGAGAGAACAGGGCAAACGUUUGCCUCGACGGCUGUGUGACUUAAGGAUCCUCGUCGCAAUAACUUUGCCCUGAUUAUGAGGGUGACAACAGGCGAAUCACCACGUUUGGCAGAGCUUUGACCAUUGACACACUCCCCAUAGCCUUGCAACUGAGGCUGGCACACUUGUGCCUGGGGUCUUCGAGGCCCCAACCUAUCAUUGGCCCGGUCUGGAUGGAGGACUCUGCCAUACAGCUAUAUGAAACCGCCCGCGCCUUGUCCAUAGCUGCCUUUCAGCCUGAGAUCUGCCCGUUAAGCUACUUUGUGGCCCUUUAUAAGAAGACAAGGAGAGAUGGCUCAGAUUGCUCUUCCAAGACCGGAAAUACCCACGCGAGCAUCCACUCACCGGACGCUGUUGACGCGGAGUACGGUUCAACUGCCCAGUAGGACCAACGAGAGAGCUUUCUCACAGAACAGCUCACUCGGAUGGUCUCACCAGCCGAGUUCACAAGAAAGAGCUCGACCGUUCAGUGACACCUUUCCUUACGAUCACUAUGUCCCGGAAGAAAGCAAUGUGCCUGAGGCCCGGAAGGCAAGAUCGAGUGGCCCUACAACCUACGCACCUUCUGCGCAGCAGGUCGCGCGGAGUCCUCUGCCCGAGAAGAUUAUCGAAAUCACGCAUGGUGACGAAACUACUCAGAAUCGUGGAGGUAUGAUUCGACGCUAUGCUACAAGUGCAGCUUCCACCCCAGCGUCAAAGGCACUGGCUUGGAAAGUGAGGACGCUUGCACAUCAGCAUCGCUCUGUCGAUUGGCACGUUCCUUUCCUUCCAAGCGCAGAUCUUGAGCGAUUGAUCGCAGGGAACGCGGUACUCUCAGCAUUGUCUGCAGCUAAGAGGGAAAAACCUAUCAUUGGAAGCCCUGUCAAUUACCGGCGUAUCCUAGCUGUCUUGCAUCUCAUGAAACGUCCGUCAAAGAUCCAUGUUUUUUUAACAAGAGGCGUCUGCGACGCGGAUCUGCCCUUGGAACCAUUGGAUGACGGAAGCACUAUCGUAAGGACACUCAGUCUUCGUAGCAAGAAUAACAAAAAGGCUCCGACCAUAACGUUCAACAGAAGCGAGGAUGCUCAGGGGUUCUGUGAACAGCAGUGGAGUGUCAUUGCACACAAAUUCACCAAGCUCGAUAGGUUCUAUGUCAGAUUGGAGAAGGAAAUCGUCCUUCCGUACAUGGAGUAUCGCCGGACUGAGAGAGGCGGAGGCGAAGGCGAGAUCUACUUGACCAGGAUUCAUCCUGACUAUCACCCUUGGCAUCGGGAGACAGCAGAGUGUAAACGGAACAGGAAGACAUGUUUAAAGAAGUGCAACGUCUUCGCCGUGAAGAUUUUGAGUAGGUAUGACACAGCGGCCUUUACAAAAGAAGUGAGCACCUUCGAAAAGCUCCAAAGAGAGACUCACACGCACGAGCAUCUUGUCAACCUCCUUGCAGCGUAUGAGCAAAAUAAGCGCUACCAUUUUGUCUUCCCGUGGGCCGACGUGGACUUGCUGAGAUAUUGGCAGCAAGACGCAAAACCAGAUCCGAGCUCCGAGAGAGCUUCAUGGCUAGCAACGCAAUGCCACGGCCUGGCGCAAGCUUUGGACCGGAUACACCACUACAAGACCUUCUCCGGUCGUCUGCUACAAUUUGGCUUCGAUCAAACAGGUCAUGCUGUAUCGACAAACGCCUUAGAACCGUCUAACCGUUCCAAACAAAACCGACGCUAUUAUGGCCGGCAUGGCGAUCUAAAGCCAGAGAAUAUAUUAUGGUUUCCCGAUUCCAGGUUCCCAGGGUCUUAUGGCAUACUUCGCAUUACGGACUUCGGUUCUGCUCAAUUCGCUACGGAAGAGUCGAAACGCGGGCGAGUGCCCAAUUCGCCAAGUUAUCAUUCCCCUGAGUAUGCCUUGACCCAAGACUACAGCAUAGCGUGCGAUAUCUGGGCUCUUGGCUGCAUCUACCUUGAGUUUAUUACCUGGUAUUUUGGUGGCUGGACCGCCGUACAUCAUUUCUCCCUUCAGCGUCGUGAGACUGACCACACUCUGGCAAACAUACGAUCUGAUAAGUUCUUCAGCAUUAAAGACGAUGGUGCUGUGCGAGCAGCAAGCGUGAAGCACGAGGUUACAGACAAGAUCGAUGCACUAUGGGUUGGCCUACGCCAAGUUCGCGACAAGUAUACCCAAGAGAUGUUUGAGAAACUACUUAACAUGGUCAAAACCGAGAUGCUGAUCGUAAGUCCACUGACAGCACCUGCGCACGGACGCAAGAGCGCCGGUAACAUAUUCCGGGAACUCUCAAAGUACUGCCCGCCGGAGCCAGACCCAUCUCGAUGCUCUACCUUUGAACCUCAGCAGAAGCCUGCCUCCCAGCAGAACAUAGUUACAAGGCUCAAGCGGAGAUCAAUAAUCCGCAACUAAUUAUGAUACCAAGUAGUUCUAGGCCUAGAACUACUUAGCAGUUCCGUGUGCAAUAGCGACAACUUCGGUUCGCUGUCUAUUGCAAAACCAUAUCCUAUUAUUAUUAUAUUACUUCACAAGUAACGUAAUCCACCAUCAAAUGAGAU